AUGGCCCAGCCCAGCCCGGGCGUGCCCCGGCGCUUCCAGGAGCUGACCUUGUACCGCGGCUACGGGCAGCAGCCAGCUCACCCCCGAUUCCGCACCGCCAACCAGAGCUACGGCAGCAGGGCCCCCACGGUGCACGAGCUGCCGAGCUCCUUCCACACCCUCCCGCACACGUUUUCGGAUCAUCUGGGCAGGUUCGGCAUGUGCAGGAACGAAAGCCUGAACACGUCGCUGGAGAAGAGCCACUGCACCGGCACCGACACCUUCAUCACCGCCUACGAGCACCUGGACUUCCACCCCAGCUACAACCCCAGCGGGCCCUCGCACUGCAGGGACCAGCCGCUGUAG